AUGAGGUCUGCUGCUGCCGUUUUCCUUGAGGUGAGCCUCCUUAUUUUGCUGACAACGUCAGUUACCGGAGAUACUCGAAAUGAACGCACUUGUACAUUCCCAAAUGCUCUCGAUAAUGAUCUGCGAGACGCUAUGUUCUACGGUCUCCUUUUUUUGAAACCCUGGAAAGAGGAUCCGAAAUAUGCAUGUCAAAUCGAACAAGAUAUCCACGACAAUUUCGACAAAUUCAACUGGAAGCAAUAUGAAGGGAAUUCACUGGAUAUACUCACAUUUAUGUAUCACGAAAAGAAUUCGACAAACAACACAGAGCAUGCAAAGAGGAACUUCGUCUUUGAAGCCCUGAGGGCGCGGAGGGCCUAUAUUAGAAAGAUAAAACCCGUGACAUACUUGGGUUGUUACGUCAAGGAAAAAGACGGAAAAAACCGGAUCGUUUGCAAAUUUCAGCACGUUUGA